UAAAUGUAAAAACCAAAGUUUAUAUGUUAAAUAUGUAAAUAAAUAGGAAUUGGGUGGUAUGCCCAGAAUUGUAAUUCAGCCAACUUGAUUAGAGUCUAAAGAGAGAUGGCCAGAGAGUCAACCUUGAGAUCUCUCCCUCUUCACCAUAAACGAUGAUUUCUCCAUAUAAAAGUCUUAAAAGCUCAACAAACAAGAAAGCCAUUAAUUCAAUUUCUCCAAUCUCAAAGUACUCUUAUCACUUCCCCGUUAAUCCUGCUGCUAUUUCUAAUUUAACUUGCUGGAUCUAAAAUAGAUAUAAACGACACCACUGCUCCUCUUCUAUCCCAUUUUUCCCAAUCUUAGCUCUUGAGCUCCUUUCUCAUCAGGCAGGUUUUGCUACCUGUAUCCAUCAGGCUACUUCACAGAUCCAAAGCUGGUUCUGUUUCUUUUAAUUUUCGUCUGAAAUUCAUCUAAAAAGGAAGAAAUGAGAAACCUGAACCAUUCCACAAGGUUUGGAGUCAAGGAAGUGAUGUAUUCCUCCAUCUUCUUCCUCUCCAUUCUCGCACUUUUCCUCAGCAUAAUCACUCUCUCCAGAUUCUACCCCAAGAACCCCUUCUCCUUCACCAACACAUUUGGAGAUCAAACUCCAGACGAAGAUGACUCCACCCAGCUCUUAGACACCAUCAUAGAAAAACUUGUGGAGCAGAUCAGAGCUUCUGAGGCUUUAACAAUGGGUUCUGACGAGCUCAAAGAUGCCAGGCUCAAACACACAGCUUUCCUUACAGAGAUUUUAGAUCUCGUAGGAUCAUUGAAGUUAUCACUAGCUCAAUCAAAAGAAGUAAUUCAUGAACAGGAAAAAACUCAACCAAAUGAGUUCCAUUCUUUAUCAAGAACUAGUCAAAGCCUCGACGAAGCCGCCGAGUUCUUCCUCACAGAAGAGAUAAGAAAAUACGCCAGAAUUAAGCCCAACAGGCUUGGAAAGCAGAACUUCAUGGGAGCCAAUGGGGCCUUCAUGAGCAUAGGCCAUGCAUGCUUCGCACUUAAAGAAGAGCUUGAAGAGUACAUGGACUAUGAUGUUGGUGAUUUCUGCAAGGAUGACUGGAAACAAGCUCAGAGGCUGAUGGUUCAUGGCUGCGAUCCUCUCCCAAGAAGAAGGUGCUUUGCCAGAGCUCCCAAGCUAUAUUCCAAGCCACUUCCUAUCAAAGAAUCCAUCUGGACCAUCCCAGACAACAGAAACGUGCGUUGGAGUGGCUACCGCUGCAAGAACUUCGCUUGCCUCGCAGCGAAUCAGACAGGCAAAGGCUUCUUUAAAUGCUUAGAUUGCUUCAACCUCACUCACCAUGAGUGGCCCAGGUGGAUGGAAGUUAAUACUACUGAUUUUCUCAUAGAAGAAGUGUUGAGUAUCAAAAGAGGGGAGAUCAGGAUUGGGUUGGAUUUCAGUGUUGGAACUGGGACUUUUGCAGCUAGGAUGAGGGAAUUUGAUGUUACAGUCAUCUCUGCAACUAUAAAUCUGGGAGCUCCUUUCAGUGAGAUGAUUGCUUUGAGAGGAUUUGUUCCUCUUUACUUGACUAUAAAUCAGAGGCUUCCUUUCUUUGAUAAUACUCUUGACAUGAUCCACAGCACAAGAUUUCUAGAUGGCUGGAUCGAUUUCAUAUUGCUGGAUUUCGUGCUGUAUGAUUGGGAUCGAGUUUUGAGGCCUGGAGGGUUAUUAUGGAUUGAUAGUUUUUUCUGCAAGAACAAGGAUUUGGAGGAUUAUUUGGAGGCUUUUAGCAUACUGAGGUAUAAGAAGCAUAAGUGGGUUGUGGUGCCAAAGUUGGAUAAAGAUGGAGAGGAGGUUUUCUUCUCUGCUGUGCUGGAGAAGCCACCAAGGCCAUUCUGAGGUAUGCUAGAGGUUUUAGUGGCCAUGGUUACAAAACUGUACAAAGUUUGAAAAGAAGAUAUGUUCAGGAGUGGAGGGAAGAUUAGAGUUGGGUUUUGCGUUAUUGUGGAUUUUUUUUUUUUUUGCAAAAAAAAUUGUAUUAAGUUUUAGUAUAAGAACAGGAGAAAUAAAUAAAAGAACUACUGUUAUUUAAGAAAAGAUGCAUCUAGCAUUAGAUGUUGAUUUAGGAUAUGAUUCUUGUCUGGAAAGAAUAUGUAAAUGAGGUAGA